AUGUCUUUUAAUGUCUUUUUCUGCUUUACUUUGCAUUCUUUUUUUUAUAGUCUUAUACAUGCUUUUUCUUCCUUUCUUUCUUUCUUUCUUUUCACAUUCUAUAUUUUUUUUGCCUUCAUUUUAGAAAUAUUUCUUUCUUUCUUUCUUUCUAUUUCCGUCUCACUUUUCAUUUUCUUUCUUUUUCUUUUCAUUUGUUCCUUUCCUUUUAUAUUUCCUUCAUUCUUUCUUUCUUUCUUUCUAUUUCCGUCUCACUUUUCAUUUUCUUUCUUUUUCUUUUCAUUUGUUCCUUUCCUUUUAUAUUUCCUUCAUUCUUUCUUUCUUUCUUUCUAUUUCCGUCUCACUUUUCAUUUUCUUCCUUUUUCUUUUCAUUUGUUCCUUUCCUUUUUAUAUUUCCUUCAUUCUUUCUUUCUUUUUUUUCUAUUUCCGUCUCACUUUUCAUUUUCUUUCUUUUUUCUUUUCAUUUGUUCCUUUCCUUUUAUAUUUCCUUCAUUCUUUCUUUUUUCUUUCUAUUUCCGUCUCACUUUUCAUUUUCUUUUUUUUUCUUUUCAUUUGUUCCUUUCCUUUUUAUAUUUCCUUCAUUCUUUCUUUCUUUCUUUCUAUUUCCGUCUCACUUUUCAUUUUCUUUCUUUUUCUUUUCAUUUGUUCCUUUCCUUUUAUAUUUCCUUCAUUCUUUUUUCUUUCUUUUUUCUAUUUCCGUCUCACUUUUCAUUUUCUUUCUUUUUCUUUUUCAUUUGUUCCUUUCCUUUUAUAUUUCCUUCAUUCUUUCUUUUCUUUCUUUCUAUUUCGUCUCACUUUUCAUUUUCUUUUUUUUUUUUUCAUUUGUUCCUUUCCUUUUAUAUUUCCUUCAUUCUUUCUUUCUUUCUUUCUAUUUCCGUCUCACUUUUCAUUUUCUUUUCUUUUUCUUUUCAUUUGUUCCUUUCCUUUUAUAUUUCCUUCAUUCUUUCUUUUCUUUUCUUUCUAUUUCCGUCUCACUUUUCAUUUUCUUUCUUUUUUCUUUUCAUUUGUUCUUUUCCUUUUAUAUUUCCUUCAUUCUUUCUUUCUUUCUUUCUAUUUCCGUCUCACUUUUCAUUUUCUUUCUUUUUCUUUUCAUUUGUUCCUUUCCUUUUAUAUUUCCUUCAUUCUUUCUUUCUUUCUUUCUAUUUCCGUCUCACUUUUCAUUUUCUUUCUUUUUCUUUUCAUUUGUUCCUUUCCUUUUAUAUUUCCUUCAUUCUUUCUUUCUUUCUUUCUAUUUCCGUCUCACUUUUCAUUUUCUUUCUUUUUCUUUUCAUUUGUUCCUUUCCUUUUAUAUUUCCUUCAUUCUUUCUUUCUUUCUUUCUAUUUCCGUCUCACUUUUCAUUUUAUUUCUUUUUUUUUUCAUUUGUUCCUUUCCUUUUAUAUUUCCUUCAUUCUUUCUUUCUUUCUUUCUAUUUCCGUCUCACUUUUCAUUUUCUUUCUUUUUCUUUUCAUUUGUUCCUUUCCUUUUAUAUUUCCUUCAUUCUUUCUUUUUCUUUUCUAUUUCCGUCUCACUUUUCAUUUUCUUUCUUUUUUCUUUUCAUUUGUUCCUUUCCUUUUAUAUUUCCUUCAUUCUUUCUUUCUUUUCUUUCUAUUUCCGUCUCACUUUUCAUUUUCUUUCUUUUUUUUUUUCAUUUGUUCCUUUCUUUUAUAUUUCCUUCAUUCUUUCUUUUUCUUUCUUUCUAUUUCCGUCUCACUUUUCAUUUUCUUUCUUUUUCUUUUCAUUUGUUCCUUUCCUUUUAUAUUUCCUUCAUUCUUUCUUUCUUUCUUUCUUUCUUUGACUUUUUGUUUCUCUGA